AUGACGGGAAAGUUGGAGAUUUCCAUCAUGGCGGCUUCCAUUUCGGGCUACACCUUCAGCGCUGUGUGUUUCCACAGCGCUAACAGCAAUGCGGACCACGAAGGCUUUUUGCUGGGAGAGGUAAGGCAAGAGGAAACCUUCAGCAUCAGUGACUCACAAAUCAGCAACACAGAAGUUCUGCAGGUAAUUGAAAUCCACAACCAUCAGCCCUGCUCAAAGCUUUUUAGUUUUUAUGACUACGCAAGCAAAGUUAGUGAAGAAAGUUUGGACCGAAUUCUGAAAGACCGGAGAAAGAAGGUCAUUGGCUGGUACAGGUUUCGGCGGAAUACACAGCAGCAGAUGUCCUACAGAGAGCAGGUUCUCCACAAACAGCUCACCCGCAUCCUGGGUGUGCCCGACCUCGUCUUCCUCCUCUUCAGCUUCAUCUCCACCGCCAACAAUUCCACCCAUGCGUUAGAAUACGUUCUCUUCAGACCAAAUCGAAGGUAUAAUCAGAGGAUAUCACUUGCUAUUCCUAACCUAGGCAACACUAGCCAGCAGGAGUACAAAGUGUCCUCAGUGCCAAAUACUUCUCAGAGUUAUGCCAAAGUUAUUAAAGAACAUGGUACUGACUUUUUUGACAAGGAUGGAGUAAUGAAGGACAUCAGGGCCAUUUAUCAGGUUUAUAAUGCGCUUCAAGAGAAAGUACAGGCAGUUUGUGCAGAUGUAGAAAAGAGUGAACGGGUCGUUGAAUCUUGUCAGGCCGAAGUGAACAAAUUGAAAAGACAAAUCACUCAGAGGAAAAAUGAAAAGGAACAAGAACGAAGGAUGCAGCAGGCGAUGCUGAACAGACAGAUGCCGUCGGAGAGGCUGGAGCCUGGGUUCAGUCCUCAUCUGCCCUAUUCUGGGUAUGCACCUGAAGGGAGAAGUACAAUUGGAGAUGCCGAAGCCUCUGACCCUCCUCCUCCUUACUCAGACGUUCAGCCCAACAAUCAAGAAAGUACUUUGAGGCACUCGCGCACGGAGAGCAGUGUCUUCAUGCCUCGCCCUCAAGCUGUGGGCUCUUCCAGUUACGCAGCCACCAGCACUGGACUCAAGUACCCUGCAAGUGGGGCAGCCCUCCCCCCUUCCCAAAGAGCCGCUGCAGACAGUGUGGACGAGUCCGACGACAGUGAUUAUGAGAACCUGAGUGACCCCACAGAGCCUUCCAAUAGCGAGUACUCACAUUCGAGACCCAUGACACAUCCGGACGGGGACUCGAGGGACACUCAGGCCUCCCAGAUUUAA